AUGUCUACUGUCCCAAGUGUCCAAACCUUCGGUAAGAAGAAGUCUGCUACUGCUGUUGCCCACGUUAAGGCCGGUAAGGGUCUAAUCAAGGUUAACGGUGCUCCAAUCACCCUAGUCCAACCAGAAAUCCUAAGAUUCAAGGUUUACGAACCAUUAUUGUUGGUCGGUCUAGACAAGUUCGCCAAUGUUGACAUCAGAGUUAGAGUCACUGGUGGUGGUCACGUCUCUCAAGUUUACGCUAUCAGACAAGCCAUUGCUAAGGGUCUAAUCGCUUACCACCAAAAGUAUGUCGAUGAACAAUCCAAGAACGAACUAAAGAGAGCUUUCACACUAUACGACAGAACUCUAUUGAUUGCUGACUCCAGAAUGCCAGAACCAAAGAAAUUCGGUGGUAAAGGUGCUCGUUCCAGAUUCCAAAAGUCUUACCGUUAA